CGAGGGCUAAAUUAUUUCAGCUCGCCUUGUUAAACCCAGGCUCGGCUACUCAUUUAUCGGAACAAGGAGAGUGCAGACAAACCAAUCAUACGCAGAUCGUAGCAAAAUCCACCAAUUUGCAUGCCACCAUGCUCAUCCCCUUGCUCCUCCUGCUCUUCUCCAGCCUACAGCUCCCUACGACUGCCAUCGACACCCUCGCUCUAGGCCAAGCACUCCCAUGGAACGAGACACUGGUGUCCAAGGGCGGCGAGUUCGAGCUCGGCUUCUUCUCCCUCGGCAACUCCGGCAAGCACUACGUCGGCAUCUGGUACAAGAAGAUCUCCAAGCAAACGGUCGUCUGGGUGGCGAACCGAGAGCACCCGGUUGUCAAGCCGUCGACCUCCCGCUUCAUGCUCAGCAUCCACGGCGAGCUGCUUCUCCUCACGACGCCGUCGGACACCUUGCUGUGGUCGUCCAACGCGUCCUCCCGGUCGCCCCCGAGCACCACCGUCGCCACGCUCCAGGACGACGGCAACCUCGUGGUGAGGCGGAGCAACGCGACGUCGUCGUCUGCCUACCUGGUGUGGCAGAGCUUCGACCACCCCACCGACACCUGGCUCCCCGGGGCCAGGCUCGGCUACAACAGGGGCGCCGGCGUCCACAGCUUCCUCACUUCGUGGUCGGACGCCGAGAACCCGGCGCCCGGCGCGUUCACGAUGGAGAUCGACGCGCGCGGGCAGCCCAAGUUCGACCUGUUUUCCGACGCCGGCGGCGGCGAGCACCGCCAGUACUGGACGACCGGCCUGUGGGACGGCGAGAUCUUCGUGAACGUGCCGGAGAUGCGGUCGGGCUACUUCGCCGGGUUCCCCUACGCGCGCAACGGCACUGUUAACUUCUUCAGCUACCACGACCGGAUCCCGAUGAUGGGCGCCGGCAACUUCAUGCUUGACGUCAACGGGCAGAUGCGGCGGCGCCAGUGGAGCGACAUGGCCGGGAAGUGGAUCCUCUUCUGCUCGGAGCCGCACGACGCCUGCGACGUCCACGGUUCGUGCGGCCCCUUCGGGUUGUGCAGCAACACCACCAGCCCCGCAUGCCAGUGCCCCGCCGGCUUCGCGCCGCGGUCGGAGCAAGAGUGGAAGCUGAGGAACACCGCCUCCGGGUGCGAGAGGCGGACCUUACUGGACUGUACCAAAGACAGGUUCAUGCAGCUGCCGAACCCCGUGCAGCUCCCGAAUGGCUCGUCGGAGGCCGCCGGAGUUAGGGGUGACAGGGACUGCGAGCGCACUUGCUUGAAAGAUUGCUCCUGCACCGCGUACGUGUACGAUGGAACAAAGUGCUCCAUGUGGAAGGGCGAGCUCGUUAACUUGAGGGCCCUCUCGACUGACCAAGGUGGCGAUCCUGGCCUCGCCGGAGUUCUUCUUCACCUCCGCCUCGCGCGCUCGGAGGUGGCAGCGUCGUCAUCGUCACCGGGGCAUUCCUGGAAGAAAUCGAUGGUGAUCCUCGGGAGCGUAGUUGCGGCCGUGGUGGUGCUCCUGGCAAGCCUCGUGAUUGGGGUGGCGGCGGCGGUGAUGCUGCGGAGGCGGCGGGGGAAGGGGAAGGUGACGGCGGUGCAGGGGCAGGGCUCGCUGCUGCUGUUCGACUACCUGGCCAUGAGGACCGCCACGAGGAACUUCUCAGAGAAGCUCGGUGGCGGGAGCUUCGGCACGGUGUACAAGGGCGUACUCCCGGACGCGACGCCGGUGGCCGUGAAGAAGCUGGACGGGCUCCGGCAGGGCGAGAAGCAGUUCCGAGCCGAGGUGGUCACCCUGGGCGUGAUCCAGCACGUCAACCUCGUCCGCCUCCGGGGCUUCUGCUCCGAGGGGAACAAGAGGGCGCUCGUGUACGACUACAUGGCCAACGGCUCGCUGGACUCGUACCUGUUCAAGAGCGGGAGCGGCGGCUCGGCGGCGAAGGUGUUGAGCUGGGGCCAGAGGUACGGCGUCGCGCUGGGCAUGGCCAGGGGCCUGGCGUACCUCCACGAGAAGUGCCGCGAGUGCAUCAUACACUGCGACAUCAAGCCGGAGAACAUCCUCCUCGACGACGAGCUGGGCGCCAAGCUCGCGGACUUCGGCAUGGCCAAGCUCGUGGGCCACGACUUCAGCCGCGUGCUGACCACGAUGCGCGGCACGCUCGGGUACCUCGCGCCGGAGUGGCUCGCCGGCUCGCCGGUCACCGCCAAGGCGGACGUGUACAGCUUCGGCCUCGUGCUGUUUGAGCUCGUCUCCGGCCGGCGCAACAACUCCCCGUCGGAGAAGGGAGGCUACGGGAUGUACUUCCCGGUGCACGCCGCGGUGAGCCUGCAUGAGGGCGACGUGGUCGGGCUGCUCGAUGAGAGGCUGGCCAAGGAGGCCGAUGUGAAGGAGAUGGAGAGGCUCUGCAGGAUCGCCUGCUGGUGCAUCCAGGACGAGGAGGCUGACCGGCCGACCAUGGGGCUCGUCGUGCAGCAGCUUGAAGGAGUCGCCGACGUCGGCUUACCGCCGGUCCCGUCCCGGCUUCACAUGCUGGCAAAGGUGAACGCAGGCGCCGGUGGAGGUGAACAGGAUGAAUUCUAUUCAGAGAGCAGUAACAAAGUAGCGACAGAAAAGGCGUGAGAGAGAAAAUUAGCCACAUCAUAUAACUCGAGUGAAUAUGAAAUGCUUGUAUGGUUUGACGGUAGUUAAUUUUCCUUUUGUGCGUCGGAUCAUGGAAGUUCGAAGGAGCAGUGCCCUGGUAGUAGUAUUAAGCUAGUACAGUACUAUGUUAGAAUUUUUAGGGAAUGGAUCUGGAAAAUUUUAGAACUGCAUUA